AUGUCUACGAUUCGUGACGGAAUUUUCUGUUAUUUACACAAUCCCGUCGAAUUCGUCGCCAACAAUCGUAGAAUUAGUACGGAAAACUUUGUGAACAGAUUCUGCUCCUCCGGUACCGAUCGCGAGAAGUGCUCCUCCAUUACUGAGCAAAGCCCAAAGCGCAUAAAGUUUGCCGUCGUACGUGAUCCUAUUGACAGAUUUUUGAGUGGCUAUGCGGAUAAGUGCUAUCCCAAGCGACUACCUCUUCCACCCGAGCGGUGUUUUGGUUGCGAGCAAAAUAUCAACUGUUUUGUUGAAACUCUACUCAGUAAGCUUCGCAGCAUUAUACGGGAUCCUCAUGCUACAAAUUACAUGGAAACUUCUCAUUUUGCUCCCCAAACAUGGUCAUGUAACUUCAAAGAGCAUCUAUACGAUUAUACCAUAAUUAAGUACGAAAGUGGACCGCAAGGCAUAAGAGAUAUAGCAACACAGUUUGACAAUAUUUUCAGCCUAGCAGGUGUCCCAGACUAUUAUAGGUCUGAGAUUCAAAAAGAAAUGCUAAUAGGGAAGACGAUUCAUACAACCUCAGGGACUGAUCUACGGCGACAUGUAGAAAAUCUACUGUACUCGAAUAGAACACUGUUGCGGAUGAUCACGCAGCUGUACUACUUUGACUUCAUAGUAUUUGGUUUCAAGUUUCCUAAUUUCACCGAGAUCUCAGCGAAUUUCAAUACUUCAUAA